AUGGCGACGAACAACCGCUGGACGCUCCAGGUUGAGCAGGCUGGUCCUAAGGAUUCGCCCACCGUGGCGGUGUCGCAGUUUGACGAUGGAGUCACUGAGAAGAACGAGACGCUGGUCGUCGGUACGACGAAUUUGUAUGUGGACGGGCAGCUGAGGCUGAUUCCUAUGCCCACGCCUGACCCCAAGGAUCCACUGAACCUCCCCGUAUGGCGGAAAUGGACAGCAAUCGGCGCCCUUUGCUUCUUCGGCGCCCUUGCCCUAUCAGCGGAGGUUGUCAUCGGUGGUCUCCUCCCCGUCUUCAUUCUCGAGUACUCGGGCGUCGACCCGCGAAUCCUCAAUAACAUCGACUUCAAGGCUCAGAGUGGCGGCAGCGGUCUCAAUAUCAACCCCAUGUCCGUCGUGCCACCUGGCGUCAAGCCAGCUUCCCUUGAUGAGGUCGCCCUUCUGGCCACGAUGCCCCUCCUGGCGAACGGUAUUGCGAGCUACUUCUUGGUGCCCAUAUCCAUCUGGGUCGGCCGUAGGCCUGUCCUUCUGUUCGCUGCAACCAGUGCAUGGGCUGGUGGCUUGUUUGCUGCCUUCAGCACGAGCCUACAACAGCACUUGGCUGCUAGAGCCCUCAUGGGCCUGGGCGCCGGUGCGGUAGAGGCCCUUAUUCCGCUGAUUGUCCAGGACAUGGUCUUCAUCCACCAGAGAAACAAGGCCAUGUCAGCCGUCGUCUCUAGUCAAGGUAUCAUCGUCAUCGGCCUUGGUGUUGCGGCGCCUUGGGUAUCUGCCAAUUACACUUGGAGGUGGCUAUACUACAUCACUUCUGGCAUGGGCAUUUUGGCCUGGGCCGUACUCAUUGCUUUCCUCCCCGAGACCCGUUGGACCCGUUCUCAGGAAGAGCUUAGUGGCCAGAAUGCUUAUCCUCUUCUGCCGGGUCAGAACCGCCCCGAGCUCGAUUACGUGAACUACACGCCACGGACUCUCUGGACCAACAUCGGCCUGUUCCAAAACGGCUUAGAGUUCAAGCACGCCGCCAAAUCCAUGUUCGAUGCCCUCAGAUCCACCUACUUCCCAGCCAUCAUCUGGGGUGUACUGGCCAAUAGCGCCAUGAUCGUCAUCAACCAGGCCGCUCAGCAAAUCAUGCCCUUUGCCCUAUUAGCCCAGGGCUGGCAGUUCCAGUGGACCGGUCUUACUGUGCUGCCCUUCUUUGCCGCCUCAGCUCUGGUCUACGUCUUUGGUGGUCCUGUGGCUGACAAAAUUUCCAAUGCCGUGACGAGGUGGCAGGGCGGGAGUAGAGAGCCGGAGCAUCACCUUGCCAACUUGAUCCUGCCAAUCAUUUCGGGAGUGGCAGGCUGCUUCGUCUUCGGGACUGCCGGUGAGCAGAACAUGCACUGGGCCGUUCUGUUGGUCGGCUCCUUCUUGAUUGUAUUCGCCUUCUUGACGACGAUGACCAUUCUCAACGUCUUCAUUGUCGAAAGCUACCCUCAAUGGGCAGGACCGGUUCUUGUCAAUGUUUCUUCACUCCGCAUUGUCAUCGCGUUCUUCAUCGCCUCGAAGGCGACUGUAUGGAUCGCUGAGAAAGGACCCCUCCAAACAUUCGCUCUGUAUGCAGAGGCAAUCAUCGUCUUGUCUCUUGGAUUGCCGCUUCUCUACUUCUGGGGCAAGAAGAUGCGCCAGUGGACCGCGGGAAGUGUCAAGAACAAGAAGAGUCCAAAGGAAAAGGCUUUCGACGAUGGGGAUUCAGUAUAG